GUAGAGACAAGUAGUACUUCUAGUCGAGACUGUGAUAUAACCUUGUUAAUAUAUAUCGCUUCUUUACAGAUAUAGGUAUUCUUUGGUUAUAAUUAAGUAUGAAAAUGUAAAAUGAUCUGCUUUCAAUUGUGUCCAUAAAAUAUAAUUUUUUGCGGUAGACAACACUCAAGAUUUAUUUCGUUUUUUGUGUUGCCUAUGCGUCAGAAAGAAUGUUAUUUAAUAGUUCAAGACCAAAAAAUUAUGAAUAUAGAAGAAGCGUAUUCUGAUUUGACGACUCUGUUCAUUUGAUUUUUGAUAACUGUAUGUGGAAGAUCGUGAAUUGUCAACAAACUACUUAACUAUUGGUGUAAAUAGAUUAAUAAAUUACAGUGAUUUAAGUUACAAAGUAGAUAAAUAUAAAGAAAAAAAUGUUGUCAUGUGUGAAAUAUCUCAACUAUAUAGGACGUUAUAGAAUUCUGGUGAUUUUUUUAACUUUGUGGCUCCUAGUACUAGUGAUGUCUGCAUUUCCCGUUUUAAAUUCAAAUAUAACUUACUCCGAUAGUAAAGUAGCCGAAAGGUUGACGAGGGCAUUAAGUGACUUGGAUGUAUUGAGGAAACAAAAUGAAGAAAUACAAGAAAUAUUCCGGGAUAUAAGUAUUAACAAUUUAAAUGAUGAACAAAAAGAAGCUAUAGAAAAUUUUCAAAUGAGAUUGACUAAGGCCGAGCGUCCUUUUGAUAAACGUAAAUUGGACAAUAUUAACCCAAAGGAAGAACCUAAUUCUCAAUAUGAAUUGCUUAGAAGGAGAAUCUUUUCUAAUACUAAAGAAUUAUUUUAUUUUUUGAACGCGGGUCUCCAAGACCUUCAAAAGAAAGCUGGAGAUGUAGCUCCAGAAAUUUUAGAAUCUAUUAAUUAUUUAGUAAAUAUGGGAAAUGAGCAUAAAAGAUCUUUAUUGUAUGACAUUGAACAACUAGCAGAUGUUGAUGGAUAUACUACAUGGAGACAAAAAGAAUCUGCAGCAUUGAGUAACUUAGUUCAAGAAAGGUUUAUGUAUUUACAAAAUCCCCAAGAUUGUGAUACGGCAAAAAAAUUAGUGUGUAAUUUAAAUAAAGGAUGUGGAUAUGGUUGUCAGUUACAUCAUGUUGUUUAUUGUUUUAUGGUCGCCUAUGGUACAAAACGGACUCUGAUAUUAAAAUCUAAAGGUUGGAGAUACCACAAAGGAGGCUGGGAAGAGAUUUUUCAACCGGUUAGCAACACAUGUACAGAUCCAAGCGGUCAAACUACGGCUGGCUGGCCUGGAAAUUCGGAGACUCAAGUAAUCAAUUUACCCAUAAUUGAUUCUUUAGCACCUAGACCACCUUUUCUACCUCUAGCUAUUCCAGAAGAUUUAGCACCUAGGUUGAUACGUUUACAUGGUGAUCCAAUAGUAUGGUGGGUGGGCCAGAUUUUAAAAUAUCUUCUGAGACCACAAGAAAAAACAGCGAAAAUGCUACAAGAUACAAUGGCUAAAAUGGGUUUCAAGAGACCUAUUGUAGGAGUUCAUAUCCGUCGUACUGAUAAAGUUGGUACCGAAGCUGCUUUUCAUGGUAUAGAAGAAUAUAUGUCCCACGUGGAUGAAUAUUAUAAUAAUUUGGAGUUGAAACAAAACGUCGACAAAAGACGAAUAUAUCUAGCUUCAGAUGAUCCUAAAGUAUUCCCGGAGGCCAAAAAAUUGUAUCCAAAAUAUGAAAUAAUCGGUGAUCCUUCAAUAGCCAAAACAGCUGCCGUAUCAACCAGAUAUUCAGAUUCCUCACUGUUCGGUAUUAUAAAUGACAUACAUAUGUUAUCUAUGAGUGAUUAUUUGGUAUGUACUUUUUCAUCUCAAGUUUGCAGGGUAGCAUAUGAAAUAAUGCAAAACUACUAUCCAGACGCAACAAAUAAAUAUCGUUCUUUAGAUGAUAUAUAUUAUUAUGGUGGUCAGAAUGCGCACAAUGUCGUCGCAUUAUGGCCACAUGAACCGAAACGAAAGGGUGAAAUGUUAGUUGCAGCAGGGGACAUUAUUGGAGUAGCUGGUAAUCAUUGGAAUGGGUUCAGUAAAGGUCGUAACCUUAGAACUAAUCAAAUAGCCUUUUAUCCCAGUUUUAAGGUUAACGAUAAAAUAGAAACUGCUAAAUUUCCUACAUAUUCUGAAUUGCACAAAGCUCAAUUGCAAUAGGAAAAAAUUAACAAUAACUGCAUCGGGUUUUGUUAACUGUGAUCUUAAUAGUCCACCAAAAAUAAAAAAGGCUGUGUUUUCACAUCAGGAAUUAAAUAGGGGCAAGUGGUAAUAACUAACCCUAAAUUAACUAAUAUUAGGUAUUAAAAAUACUGUAUAUUGUCGUUUUAUUUUACAUUACGACAGAUAAUAAGAAAAUUGUGUUAUUAAUCAAUCAGGAUCUGAUAUAAAAUUAUUUUGAAUCACAUUAUUUUACUGAAAAGUAGUUUUAUUAAUUGUUUCUAUCCUCUCUUCAUUUCAAUUGUGAAUAUUUUACAAUAUUAUUAACCCUUAAGUACUAACACAUUAAAAUACUCACUAAUACACCGUAUGAGAGACGCCUUAAGAAAAAACUGUUUUUUUUGCAUCCAAAUAAAUUUUUUGUCAAGUAAUUAACGAAUGGACAUUAAAACAAUACUAAAAAAAUUGUCUCAUGUUUUUUUUUCACAAAAUAUUUGAAAAAAUUUUAAUAUCCUUUUAUUUUUGACACAUCUUUAUUUGCUAAUGCUGUGAAAAACAAAAUUAUAGUAAAAAAGUAAUUUAUUUUUAUAAUAAUAAUGUAUAAACAAAUACAUUAAGCAAGAAAACACAAGAAAUGAACAAACUAAUAAGAAAAAGGAUAAAGUUGGGCUUGUUUGCAGCACUUUCUACACACCUUUUUUGGGCACUCUAAACAGAUUGGUGUCUGGCAAUGGAAGCAAACCUAGGCAAUUCUCCUUUUCUUUUUGUAGUGACAAAGUGAGCAGUCUUUUCUUUUUUCUAGCUUUUCAACUCGCGUUUCCAAAGGCUAGUUCACCACAUCAUCAACGCCGAAUAUUCCACAUAUACUUAGUCUCAGUUUCUUCGGUUAAAAUUCAUUACCCAACCUCCUUUUCGUAUGAGGUUCCAUAAGAUGAAAUGCUAAUUUUUCGAUAAAUUUUGAGCGUUGUAAAUGCUCAAUGUUCCUGAAGGAUUCGUAAAGUAUAUACGCAUUCACUGUACUAAAAAAAAAAACACUGCCAUAGGUCACCGUUGGGUUCGAUGACAACAGCUAAACUUACUACAUUUCUCAUCUAACGUGUCGACACCACCUUUGGUGUAGGUAUAAUCAGCAAUGAUGUCGGGCUUAUUAGAUAAUGGGUCUAUAAUGGCAUGGUGGUGGGAAGAUGAUAGUAAAAGAACAGCAUUAUUGAUUUUUGUGGUGUAUGAAAGCAGAGUAAUAUCUUUUGUAUACCCGUAUAGGCUUGUUCCUACUUCACGUUUUCUUGUUGGUAGGAAAACUGCCGAUAUUUUCUUUCUGUUCUUUUUCAGAGUACCAAUGCAUGUUGAAACCCUUUGUCUCAUGGCUUGAACCCACUCAAUCGAAGUGAACCAAUUGUCAAAAGUCACUUAUCUAUUUGUACCAUAAAGUGGAUUUGAAAGUCGUAAUACGGCCUGUGUAGAUUUAUUGAAUCUCUGUUCAUCAUCUGAUAGUCCGAUUCCAUCCGAGUUCCUACCCGUAUAAAUUCAUCAUAUUGUUCUGUAGGUCUGUGGUACAGGCUAUGCAUUUUUUUAAUGUUUAAUUCCUCAGGCAGGUGAACUUUCUUUGAUUCUGACAAAUUAUAGUGUCCUUUUCGUCCUUUAAAUGACCGAAUAUGUUUCUUUACUGCAUUAUAUUUUUCCUCAGAUAAUUUCCUGUGUUUUGAGGAAAGCUUUUCCAUUUGGUCUUUUGGAGCCAAUUCAUACCUUUUUGAAGGAAUUCCAUUUUUUUCUUUUCUAUCCCGUAAAUUGAUAUAAACGCUUUUCGGCAAACAGUUACCUCUUUUAAAAGGUUUUGGUCAUCUAAAAACCUUACUCUGUAUGAGUAACUUGCGUCACGGAAACAAGCAUUCUCCUCACAUUUGCGUGGGCGGCGUCUUUGAAUUUCUUGUACACUUAUCUGACCGCAAAUGUGAGCAUUUUGUUCAUCAACCGAGCCCAAUAGAUUGAAUUCACUAAUUAUUUUAGCUCUACUACGUUCCGUGACAUUUUCAAAGCAAUUAAGCUUACUGCAACUACAAUCUGAUCCUGAUACAUCGCUUUGUAAAUUCAGUUCUUUAUUAACCUCAGAUAUUCUUCCAAAAUUAUUCCUCUUCUUUGUCUUCGUAUUCCUUACACUAAUUGACUCUUUUGGCUCCUCCACAUAAUCGUCACUGUCCAUCAUUUUUAACACACGAACUAAACACUGAUUAACACACACCUAACCUCAAAGUGAAGCGCACUGACCGGACGGUGUAUGAGGAACUGAACACGAAAUGGCGGCAGUGGCGACUCAUCACAUGACUCAUAGUGGACCCUUCUUUCCGUAUUACACUUGGACUCUUUCUUUCCCUGCACACUACUUUUUCUUUUGCUUAUUUGAAGCGACUAGCCUCGUUUGUUCUCUGUCUUGUUUUCACAAAAAAUUAACUCAAUUUUAAUUUUUUUGUAACUUAGCCCAUUUUUUCCCUGUAUCCCUCAAAUCUAAACAGAACAUCGUAAUAUUUAGAAAUAUUUAACACUGUCAAUAGCAAAAUUCUCAUUACACCUUAACUCUAUGUCGCUAUUAUCACUGCCAACCUCUUCCCACCACUUUAGAAGGACGUCCUCAUAAUUUGUGUCGCCAUAUUUUACCCGCUUUGAGCCACUGGGUCCUUCAUCCAUUGUUACCGUUAACACUAUAAUCCCGUCUAGCAAACGGCACCGACGCUUAGAAUUCAAAUAUCUCGAUACAAUUUCUCAAAGUGUGCUUACCAGCCUCUCAUCUGUACCGAUGUAUACUGAAAUUACAUGAUCGGUCGACGUUUAGAAGAUAUUUUAGACUCAACCUGCCAAUACCGUCUGUGAGACGGUGUGCUAGUAUUUAAGGGUUAAUGUUUUAAAAAAAUUUUUAGUUUAUUUAUAUUUUUUUAACCCCAUCUAUUAUACUAUCUGUCCUUUUGAAGGAUAACAAGUAUUUGGUAUGACUGUUGAAAGAUACACGAAAAGGAUUGUUCCAACGAACAUGAUAUAAUCCGAAAUUUUUUAUUAAUUAAGACUAAAACUAAUUGUUCACCCCCUUGUUAAUUAAUGUUUAUUGUUAAUAUUUAGACCCCUCUCGCAGGUCUGUUGGUCUAUAGUUUUAAUCUUGUCAUCUCAGGACUCUCUUCUAUUAGUUGAAUGGCAUAUCCACUAAUGGAUGUUCGCGAUAAAAUUUUUCAUCGCCGAUGAAGUUUAAUUGGGUCAAACUUUUCUUGAUCAAUUCUUUUGAACGACAGGUUCUCACCACAGUUUUCAUUCAACUUUUAUCGAUCAACUAAAAUUGGUCAAUUAAACUUGACUCGUGAGAACGCGCCUUUAUUUCCCAUUUAUAGAGGAAAACCCUGUACAAUUAGAACGGAGUAGAUAUUGUGCAAUACCAAACGUUCACAGAAUACAAAUUUAAUAGUUUCCAAUUAAAUAGUAAUAAAAUAUAAACAAAAUAUAUUUAAUUAUACCUUUUAACAUAUUUAUUAUUAUCGAUGGCGUGAUAAAUAAUUAUUUAACUUUGACAACAACUACGAAUACAAAUUACGUUGAAUGCAGUUUUUAUAUCACGUGUUCUCCAUUUCAAUAAGUUAGCAAAAACAAAAUUGAUAACUUUAAAUAAUGAUAAAUAUAAAUUGUUAAUCUACUUCCUGAAAAAAUCGAAACAUAAAUAACUAUCUGACAAAUUUGCGAAUUCAAUUUUCAGCGACUUAUUUGAACACACUGUUUACACCAACUUUCACGAUUACACUGUCUGACGCGUGUUUCGAUAACCAAGUUAUCGUCUUCAGAGACUGAAAGCUUUACGCGAACGAUGCGCUCCGAUCAAAAUCGAAAUAUACGUAUAACGAGGUCAAUGAAAUAAGCAAAAUACAUUACAAAUUACUAUACGCUCACAAAAAACACGGUAUAAACGGUAUAACGGAUAUAAAACACGGUUGGAAUCACUAUCCGAACUUUUCAACAUCUCUAGACCAGAAUAUAUUUUUGAAAGUGCCUCUUGGAUUACACUUUACCAUAUUUUUCUUUUUUCUGGCGACUCUUCUUUAUUUAUUUACGAAUUAUUUUGCAUUGCCAUUAAUUCUUUAUCGUUCAAAGGCACGCUAUCGGUUGCUACGAAUUCUUCGAGUUCCUCGACUGCAAUACUCAGACCCCUCCAUCAUAAUAGCGAUAUCGUCAACUACCUGUCUUAUAGUAUCUUGCAAACGUCUAGUUGGCGCCUCUACCACAUCAGGCCAAAGGUUUCUCCAAACUUGGAUCAAACAGCUCAGCUUUACUUAAUUCCAAGCUGCAGCAAUGUUUUGUAUAGCAGUCAUCAUGUUGUAGGACUUCCACCAAUCACGCAUAGAUUGGUGUAUUCCAUCUGUUUCUCAAAUCAGCUGUCCAAAUGUGUGGCGGUGAUAGUAAGUCUUGAAGUUGCUAUAGCUCCAUGGCUAUAAGCCAUUUUUUAGGGCUGGGAAUAGGAUGAAUCAAAGAGAAGCUUUCAUAAUGAUUGGCCAAUUCAUUCCCGUUUUUAGAAGUUUCUUUUUUUCCAGGUGUUCAUCCUCAAACCUGAAGUGUUAAUUGGCUUUUACCAUCAAUUUUACAGUGCCUCUAAAGGAGUUUUGUUUGUUAUAAGUUUUCUCUUUUUUCGCUAAUAAUUCUCCCUCCCCUGAACUCUUUAGAUCUUUUAGACCUGACUGAGCCCAAAUUUUUGUACUCCUCAAAAUAUUCUUCUUUUUCCUCCAAAGUUUCCCUCACAAACACCCUGCCUGGGGGAAAAAUACCCUUGGACAGGAAACGUCAAUGAAAUGAUCUCAAUGUUUCCUUAUGUUUUGGCUACUGAAUACAUUAAACCAUGCAAAAUUCGGUUUUUGUUUUGGGCUGUGCAGCCGUCACGAAAGAGCCUAAUAUGGAUGAUAUAUUCCUCAAAUUUGAAAGAAUUUUGAAGCAUAAAAACAACCUCUGUUGAUCCACUUCCAACCUGUUCCUCGGAACAAAUAAAACAUUCAGGCUACAUCCGUUAUACAAGUUCAGUUCGCUGGCGUAGAAAGCUUGUUGUAUAGGAGUUCUAGAAGACUAUGAACUUGCUAUAUGUCAAAACAGAAAGUUAUUUCAUAUUAUCUUUAUUUUCGUUGGCGAGGUCAAAUUAAGCUUUAGCACGUUUGUUAUAGAUUGUUUCUUCAACAAAAAGUCCAGAUUUGUCAUUAGGUACUCCAGUUUCAAUUUUAUUAUCCAUAUUUGCACAAUAGCCGCAAAUGUCUCAUUCUGCGAAUUUAAAUCCGAUAUUAAACUCCUUAUAUAAUAUAAAAAUACAUUGCUGCCUUUUUUAUUAAAUAACACACCAUGAAUCUGUGAAAUUUUUAUGACUCGCUGUGGUCAAUUGUUUGAAAUGGGAGUUACAUAUUGCCGCUUUAUCUAAAAAAUUGAGUUCCUCCUGUUUUGCGCUGAGAUCAGUUUCCAAAGAACUGAACUUAUCCAUCUUUUUAAUAGUUAAUUACGCCCUUAUCGAGUCGCAUCUCCGAUAUGCCUUUUCCUUCUGGGGUACGUGUGGUACGAUUUGAGCGAAUCCUUAUACCACAAAAGAGAGCCGUUAGAUAUUUACUCGGACUAAGCAGGGCUCACUGCAGUGACUUCUUUAAAAGAUUAAAAAUUCUGACUCUUUCUUCCUUAUUCAUCUUUGAAUCCGUUUGCCUAAUUCGUAAGUAUGCUUCUCCAAUUUCAGAAAAGUCGUUGCACGUUUAGGUUUACGUAAGAGCUCUAUAUUUUACAAUGCAAAAAAAUGCAGAAUCAUUUGCCAAUUGAAAUCCAAUCGAUAUAAUCUUUUCCCGCAUUUCGCAAUAAUUGAGGAAAUAUUGAGGAAAGUGCCUUUUACUCGGUAAACGGUAAUAUUUCAUUCCGGGCAUGCUGCACACUGGUUUCAUUUUUGCUAUGGACUUAUAUACUUAUUAUUACCUAUCACUAUUACAUAUAAUUUUUUUAUUCAUUGUGGUUUCCUUUUGUAUAUUGAAAUUUUAUUAUAUUUGUAUCUUUAUUUAGUUAGUUUUAUGAUUGUUUUUUAGUUUUUACAAGCUUUUGUCUACAAACUGUAAUAUUUUUUUUGAUAAUAAGACAUUUCUGUCUUUCUACAGAAAAUGCGCCUAAACAUAACUUUGUCACUUUCAGAUCUUUGGAGAUUGUUGAGCUGUUUAAAUUUUCAGUUGUAAUGACUCUGUUUUUCUUUAAAAUUACCUAUGAAUUCCUUAGUUGCAUUUUUUUAGCAAGCUUCUUUGGUUUACACGUUUCCCGUUCUGGUUUUCAACAAAGUCUUCCCAUAAAGAGGUUUCUUGAAAAUUUCCUUCUCCCAAUCUGAUUUGAUUUCGGUUAAAUGGAGAAAAAAUAUUUGUCAAAUUAUUUCCAUUAGCCAAAGAAAACUUGUAAUGACCGGUUAGUUUUUUUUUGAGGUAGGCUUAUGCCUCAGCAAUUUGUAGUACGAAACCUCUGACUCUUUACUCCAGAAUAAUGACUGAGUCUAUUUACGUUUUGGUCUUGUAAUUGUUCGUAAGAAGAAUGAUAUAUGAUUUUUACACUUCUUUCUGAACUACUUUUCACUAAAACAGCACUUCCACGAUCAAUAGUUUUUGUAUAAAAAACACUAGCUAAGCAACUUCCGUACUGAAACACAGCAGAACAUAACCUACAAACUGGUGAAGCUACAAACAGUGACCAGCGGGGCCUUUUCCUUUUGGCUCAUUGAGCAUGUGAAUUUUUGUUUGGAAAUGUUUGUAAAAUAAGUGAGGUUUUGCUUGAAACUCUUCACUUUACAUUUGAAAUGGGAUCUGUGAGUUUUUGUCUGAAAUGUCUGUGAUAUUCACCUACAGAUAUAAUAUUAGAGAUUAACUCGAUUGUGACAACAUUUGGACAUGUGAGGUUUUGCAAGUUACCUCCUCACUUCUUAGCUGUAUAUUUAUUGGUCGUAGUUUUUAAAUAUAAAACAUUAUUCCAUAAAUAAUAAAUUUUUAUUUUUUAACGUGAUUUUUUAUGUAUGCAGUAGAUUUUUUCCCUUCCAGAAUCUUAGAUUUUCUUGAUAACUACGAAAUUUCAUUAUUUUAAUAGUUUUUUCUCAUGUAAUCGAUAUAGUUGUGUCUAACUUUCAAAUAUAUUUUCGAUUUUAUAAUAAAACUUCUAAUUUAAUAAUCGUUUUCAUAACAAAUAUUUUAUAUGUGUAAUCAAAAACUCACGUUUUCUAGCUACGUAAUCAUUUAUAGUGGUAAAAACUACUGAUAACGCAUAAUGUCAUAGUCAAAUCAUGAGUUGAUGAAAUUAAACUUGUUAUGCAAUUCAAUGUAAAGCGAAAAUAAUUUAACGCGUAAAUUACGUUCAGAUAAACAUUAUUCCGUAUGAAACAGAACAUUCAGAUGGUACGGAUUCGUUUUAUCGAAGGCCGAAGUUGAAUAUCACGUUCUUCGUGGUAUUAACCAGGAAGUAGCUGUUCAAGCCAACAACCGAAUCAUGAAAUUGGAAAUAAUUUUCACAUAUCUCCGUCUACUUGAGAUAUACUUGACUAAUGGUUUCGCAUUUGGAAGUGAAGAUGUCUCCAGAACGCUUCUACUGAGGAAUGUUUAACUACAUGAAUCAAGUAGCAGCGCCGGCUGGCUGUAUCUUCAGUUCGGAUUAGUGACUCGUUACAUUACUCCAAAGAGACGCAACAACGUCGAAACUAGUCAGUGGUUACGAUCCUCUCCUUGUAAUUUCAAGCUCUAAGGGAUGCCAAUUUCGGCGGUUGUUUGAUGACAUCACGUUCUUCGAAGGAGAUGUAAUUCAAUAUUUUUCGUGGUAUUGGCGUUUUCAUAGUGGGAUUAUAGCAAAAUUACACCAAAGUGUACUAAAUCUAAUAUAUUCCGAGCUUUCGAAUACUUAUGUAUUCAUCGUCUGGGGCUUAUAUUAUGGACAAGUAAAAUAUUUAUGAAUUGAAACGCAGUCUUCGCCAGUUAGAUUAUGAGCGUUUUCUUAGAGGGAUUAGUGGCAAAAUUAAAUACCAAAGUGUGCUAACUUAAAUAUAUUAAUGAGCUAAUACUUAUGUGUUCAUGGUCUGGGAAUUAAUUAGUUAAGAAUUGAAUGAAAAACAUUAGAUUCAACAAAUUCAAAAAUAUUUAUGUCACGAGUCAAUUUGAAUAUUGAUUUUUGAAACUUAUGAAUUUAUUGUUUUAAUGAAUUCCCCGACGAUGAAUACAUAGGUAUUCGAAAUCUCAAAAAUAUAUUAGAGAUAAUACGUUUGGUGUUUAAUUUUGCCACAAUCCCACUAAGAAGACGUUUCAAAUUUUUUCAAAACACAUUAUCCCUUUCACGAAAAAAAGUCACAAGAGCCCAGACGAGACGAGUGAAAAGCGUGGGGCAGCGUAACCAUGUCAUUUUUAACCAAAAACUGUUGUUUUGAGAUGGCUGUGUGUGUAGGUGCUUUGUCAUUCUGAAAGAACUUGUUUAAUUUCAGCAAAAAAUCGGGUCUUUUUUGAUUGAACAUUGUCUGGCAACUUUCUAACACUUCUAAAUAAAAGUUUUACUCGACUCCCUGACUUGGGGGAACAAAACAAACAACGGGAUUGACGACUUUUUUGACGGGAUAACGUUGGCAUCGUCCAUUAACUGUUGCUUUGUUUCUGAGUCAUCACCAACAAUGAUCUUUGUCAGAAAAUCUUUUACCAAGAAUAAAAAACGAAACUGUUUUGUUUUUCAAAAUGUUCUAUCAUUUAAGUACAUUAUUGUUAUUAUUAUUAAAUCAAUUGCUAUUUGCGGGGGAUAAUAAUAAAUCUAUAUUUUUCAAUGAAGCCAUGUUUUUGGUGGAUUAUUGGGAUUAAAUACAAACGUUGAAGAUCACUCCAAUAACGCGUACUCGAAAUUCUAAAUCAAUUCUCUUCCGUUUCUGGAUUAAAAUGAUUUGUAAUAUUAAAAUAAUCAAAUAUUUUUUGGCAACCUUCGUGUUAACUACCCUUUGGAAAUGAAUUGUCUUACUGGCUUUGAAACCUGACUUUAUAGACUUGUGAAAGUAGAAGAGUUGUUUAUUAUUAAUCAAGAUCUAUUUAGCCGACUAUUUAUAUACAACUGAUCUCUAGAUAAUUCGAGUAUAGAGUGUAAAUAAACAAAAAGGCCUUCUCUAUAAAAAGUCCCAACACGAUGUAAUGUCCUAUAAAAACUGUACAAAGGAUGCCGCUUUAUAACUGGUGCAUUUUAGGAAAUGUACCCGACGUAUAUGCCCAACUUCAGAUUCUUUUCUUUAACUUUUCACUUUUUGUCGUGAUAUUUUGUCUUGAUUUUAGAUCAGUUUUUAAAAUAGGUGAAAAUAUUGGCGUUUCGACCUACGUCGGUCUAAAACAAAAUGAUUUUCAUAGAAAAGAGACCUAAAAUCAAGGCAAAUCAUCAUGAAUAACUUCCGAUUCUCUAAACCUAAUCCAACAUCACCUGCUUCGCGGUUUAUGUCAGAGGACGAGUUCAUAACAAUUGUCUUUAUUGUUAAGCAUUAAUUGAAGAUUACAAAGAUGAAUCCUCAUUCGGUUAAACUAAUUCUUGAAAGUAAUACAGCUGUUGGCGUUUUCAAUAUAUUUUUAUCAUGGCCUAACGACCAACCCUGGGACAGGCCUAAGAACGUUGUAUCGAAAGAGUUUAGCUUUGAGAAAAACCUCAUCUCAAUAAUAAACUGUACAAACAAGAGGGAUCAAAACACCAUAAAAGAAAUUAAUAGUCGGAACUGGAAUAGGAGUGUACGGGCCCAGAACAAAACACUCUAAAAGCCUGAUAAGCUCGCUAAUGCGGGGCAGACAAGCCCUCCAUGGGACCCGAACCCUUCCGUGGUAUCAGCUACAGAACAAUGGUAAAAGCACUGGAAAAGAAGGUAGACAGGAGGAAAACCAAUUAUUGGGACAACCUACAGGGGUGAGACAGACAAAGACACUUCUGGGAAACUAUAACCAGAGUAGAUCUACUGAAUGUAUCAACCUAAAUAAGAACAAUCUACGAAUACUAACAGGGGCACUGUCGCCUCAACAAACACCUGAAGACGCUAGACCUAGCAAAUAAUACGGCAUGCAGAUUUUAUUGCAUAAAGGAGGAAAUCUACCCACAUUCUGCUUGAGUCAAAAAUGAUUAGGUAUUUUUCUUCCGGUAGUGAGUUUUGUUUUGUAUUGUUUUUUGUGUUUUAUUGUGUGAAGAAGAUAUUCUUUAGAUAUGUUUCAAUGGAACUAAUACAGCUAAGAUUGAGUAUUGUUGCAGUUUUUUUAACAAUGAGCUUUCAAGCAAUUUAUAAACUUCAGAACACUUGUAUUCAUUUUGUGCUUAAAUUACGGUAGUUCUUUGGAUAAUAAUUUCCAGUGUUGCAUUCAAGCUUAUCAUACACGAGUGAGUACUUUUGAAGGUUGCAAAGUGAUAACCCAGUGGCAACUGAAACGUACAAGGACAAACUUAAAACUUGAUGUGGAGUUAAAUCCUUUUGAUUAGGUGGUAAGAGUUUUACUCAGAAUCCUGCUCAUUAUCUACAAGUUUCAAAUAUACUCAGACUAUCUUUACCACAUUCCUACACGAAAUACAACGCGACACAGUCAGAAAUAACCCAUCAAAGCCACGUUUUCGGGAGGAUCUUUGGUACUUCUUCAAGUAACAACUCUUUAAAAAGAUAUUUCGCAAUAAAACUGAAAUGAAUAAGCUCCAAAUAACUUCACAAACUACACAUAAACUUACGACACAAGCAUUUGUUUAUACCAUACCCUUUGUCUUCACCAUUUGAGAUGAUACUAAUAUUUACCACAACGAAGGAAGUCUUCGUAUGCUGUUGCUAGCAGUCGAGGGGACGAAUGGGGCAGCUUCCUUUUGUGCGAAGAGCCGUCUAUUGGCGAGCCAGGGGUGACAAGAGUCUUGGAGACAACAGAAAUGAAAAAUUACGGGCAGAUCUCGGGUAAAACAUUAUCGAAUGGCUAUCACAGUGUAAAAAUCAAUGGAACCAACAUGUAAGUCGAAUGACAGCUGAUAGACUGGUAAAAAUAGCGAGGGAUGAAUCUCCAGUCAGAACACGGAGUGGAGGUUGACCACGAAAGAGGUGGAGUGCUAAUCAACGCCAGGAUGAGGAAAAAUAUCGAAGAAGGAAGAUUAAAUUAGAUUAGAUCUAUUAUGGAAGAAAUAAGAACAGGUCUUGUGCUCUAUUAUUACCGAAACUUUCAAUAAUAAUUAAUUUCCAUGACCCGCGUCUUGUUUUCAAUAUUUUAUUUACAGAAAAUUUGUCAUUUCCUCAAUAAAUUCAAUUUUGACAUGAGAGAACAAUCGUGUCGCUACCGCCACGCAAGUUUAGAUACAAAAAAAUUAAAAAAAAAAUAAUUUACGUCGUCUAAUGUUUAAAGAUAUUACUAAUAUCAUUUUAAUCCAGAAAAAAAUUACUCUUCUAGGUAAUAUUUUUAUAUUGUAUAAUAUUAAAUAGUCAAAAAUGUUGCUUCAAAAUUACAGUUGAACAUUUUAAUGAAAUUAUGAGGAAAUUUCGUGUAUGGCGCAACGGAAUUUUUGAAUCUCUACAGUGUGUUUUAAUAUAAUAUAGACGGAAACCGGAAAAUAACCGUAUCUGAAUCGUAUCCAAUGAUAUUUUAAAUGUGAAACUUACAUGUCAAAAUUGUACUGUAUUAAAAUUUUUAAUGAAAACUUUAUCAAUUCCAACAGCUACUCCACUUGAAGGGAAUAUUAUUAUAAAGGUCAUAUAUACUGUGCCCCUGGAUGGGUAAAAGAUAAAAAAGUUCUCGAUUUAAAUUUUCAUUCUUUAGAGUCCAGCCCUGCUUGGUGGAAGACAAAUUUUAGUAUUGAAAAAUUAAGUAUUUGGAAAUUUUCAAAAAACUUAUUUCUUGAACAACUGGCACUAAAAGUGACACCCUUCUGAGACAGGGGCAGCGGAGCCCCCCUCGUUUUUUUUAAUUAGAAGAUAAGCUUAAGGUUAUAUUGAGUGUAAAUCAGUACUGACUAGUUUAAAUUGCCAACGUAUUAAACAGUUCUCCGCGCCCCCCAAGCUGCGAGGGGUGCCUCCUGCUCCCCGGAAAGAGCUGCGAGACUCCCCGUAAAGGGCGCCUUUCUUUAAAUAAUUUAAAAUUGAUGUUAUAUUGGGUGUAUAUUAGUAUUCACUACAUAGUACUCAUAGAUUGUUAAUUUUAUGGUUGGUUGAGGUUUUAAAUGGAAUCCAGAAUAAUAAUAAUAACCUAACCUAACUUUCUCAACUGUUAGGUGAACUAACUAUAAAUGAAAUUGCCACGCCACAGUCUUAGCAAGUCUGUGUCAAAAUUUUGGGCUAAUUAGUUUUUUUAAAAAGCCAGUUAGUCAAAUUUGUAAAAUAAAAAUGGAAGUAAGUAAUUUUUCUUGGGUAAUUUUAAUAAUUAAGACAUAAUCCGACCCCGGUGAUGAUUAAUGGACACGCCAAAAACGAGCUACGUUCCGUUUCACAUAAAGCUGAAAAAACACAUAUUUUCAAAAAUUAAUAUGAACAUUCGACGUUCCAUAAUCAAUCUAGACUUUUAGUAACACCAACGCCAUUUUUAACAAGGGUGCUUAACUGGAUCAUUGAAAAUUUGCCGCACAUAUUUUAUUUUUCUUGUUAGUAUGCUGAAUAGUAAAUUACAUAACAAGUUUGGAAAGUAAUACAAUUCGCACUAGAUACUGUUUUGCACGAGCCGCAUAGCGGCGAGUGCUGAAACAUAACGAGUGCGAAAUACUUACCAACGAGUUGUGUACACUAUUUUUCCUACGACCACGUGAAGGAUUCUUCAAAAAAACGUAUUUUUUAAAUAAGAAAAUCAAUUAAACAAUAUCACACAUGUGUUGAAAAAUAUUUUUUAUUUUGUAAUAGCAUCUUCUAUUAUUUCUGGAGGGGUACAAUCAAAAUCACUAGAAUCCAUUUUUUGUUAGCACAAUACUUACAAUUUUACAAAAUGACUGCUUGUGUGUUUGACAAUUAAUAUUAAAGCCUACUUAAUAUAAUUUUUAAACUUUUAACUUACCUGUUAGUAAAAUCAAGACAGUCAUGAAUAAUGUUUUCCUUCACUAUGGAAAAUAAAUUUUCAUUCAACUACUUUAUACAUUACCCAGUAAUAUUAAUAACACUUAAUUUUAACGUUUAUAUUGUCUUGCAGACCCUAGUAAGUAUUUGAACACAAAUCACAACAAACUUACACUAAUAUAACCUCAAAAAAAUCAUAUUUUCCACUUCUUCAGUCUUCUUAAAUUUGGCCUUUUGCCUUUCGGCACCCAGCCAGAUUCAUAUUGUAUUCGCGUAUUCCCUCUAUCUUUCGAGACCACAUAUAACAUAAGAAAAAGAAGUAUUUUAAUACAUGUAUGUUUUUUUAUUUUUUAGUACAUGUGUGAAAUAAGAUACUUUCUUAGGUAAAAAUGAGUGUGCAAUCUAUCAUUCUCAUAAGUGGUCGUAGGAAAUAGUAUAUUGUGCAACAAGUGGAAAAACUUUUCACUCAUGCUGCACACUAUAAUUUUUCUACAACUGCACAAUUUGAAAGAAUAAAAGUAAUGGAACUUAAUGUUUAUUUUUAUGAUUAGCAAAACCAAAAUAAUACUAAAGUAUCCUCUUAACUGUUAAAUAAUAUUAUUUAAAAUUGUAGUUGAUUGUGAAAUUUUUACAAUUUCGUAUAGUUAAACCCGGAACGUCAUGUCUUUUUAUUAAAUUUUCUGUUAUGUUAAUUUUAGAUGUUAAGGGUUGAUUUCAUAUACGGUAUAUUUUCUGUCUCCAUUUCUGUGAAGGGUUCGAGUGGUUUUUCAAUGGAAUUGACGAUUUUAUUAGCAACGUUAAUUUUAUUUUUAAUAGACUCCUCGACGUAUCCUUCUGCCACGGUACUGCAUUGCUUUCCUGCAUGGCGUUUUAAAGUUAAUAUGUCCCCUCCUGCAUUUACUAAAAUUGUUGCCGAAGAACUUCUGAAGCGGUGACCUGUGUAUAGAUGGGGGCUUUCUAAUUUUCAAGAAAAUCCAAUUGUCUUUACAGUACUACCGAAUUUGUUAAUGCCAACUACCUGUACACAUUUUCCGUGUUGAUAAUUUAAAAAGAAACGUUUUUCUCAUAAAUCAAUCGGUCGAAGAGUAGCAUAUUUUUUAUAUAUCUCAUAAAAUUCGUUCUUGGCUUUUUUGUUUUCGUGUUAUCUAAUUUCACAAGUAAAGCUGAAUUUAAAUCCACUAAAUUAUGGAUUCUUAACUUCCACAACUCCCCUCUACAACAUAUAGCUACUACUGUCUGCAAAUAAAAAUACCAGAAUUAAAAUUUUACAAAAAAAUUCUCUCAUAUCAUAUCAAAACUCAUAUUUUCCACAUUAAAAAAAAGACACUUUACAGAAAAAUGUGAAUUAGUCUUCUGUCACUUGGAGUUAAAUCCCAAAAAAUAAUCGUAGUCGAGAGUUUUCUAACUUUUCUCAAGAAUUAUUUUACCUAUCAGGGGACACAGUAACAAUUCAUAUUUUGUUUUUAGUAGGGUGUAAUCAAAAUAAUAUUUUAUGUAAAGUACGAGGCAUAUUUUUUAAGUAAGUACCGUUUUGGAAUUAAAAGAAGAAGUGCCAAGAUAUCGCAAUUAUUUUAUUUUUACAUGAAAGCUUGUACCUUAAUCUACUUUUCUACAUAAUUUCCGUGAAUAUUGAGGCACUUGUCAUAACGUUUUUGAAUACCCUCCUCAUAAAAUUCUGCCGCCUGACUUGUUAACCACUGUAUCACAACUGUUUUGACUUAUCAUCGUCUUGAAGACGCUGACCGCCCAGGUGUUUCUUCAAGUGUAGGAACAAAUGAUAGUCGCUGGACGCCAGAUCAGGUCUGUAGGGAGGAUGAUCUAGAGUUUUCCAAUGAAAAGAUUUGAUGAGAUCUUUGGUCCGAUUAGCCACAUGUGGACGGGCAUUGUUAUGCAGCAAAAUGAUACCCUGCACUCACCCAUUUCCUUACCAUUCCAUCACUCAUAAUGUUUUGUCCGUAAACUUCACAGAUCGCACGAUGAAUAUCGAUCGGUUUUACGCCUUUACCACUAAGAAAUCGUAUGGCGUAUGACGUACUUCACAAUCGGCGGGACUCACGAUUGUCGGAGGCAUCUUAAACACUCAGUAAACAACGUACACAAUGAAGAAUCAGACUGUAAUGGCGUCAGUGCGUAGACAAGAGAUGUAGGUAACCAGCGCGCAUAUGCGGAACGCCGACCUUGGGGUUGCGGCGGCGGAAUCACAAAACGGUACUUACUUAAAAAAUCUACCUCGUAUAUAAGGAUUAUUUGAAGAAAUAUUUCCAAAUAUACUCUUACGACUGGUUUCAUAAUCUCACUCUAACCGGCACUUUAAUUAAAGGUUCCUUUAGAUUAAAGGACCUUAUAACUUACGGCUGGUUUCAUAGUACAUUUGAAGGAAACUUUAAAUUUAAAGUUCCCAUUAAAUUAAAGCGCGCGAUUCAUAAUUUUCAUUUAGUCUAAAUUUGAACUUUAAGGUGAAGUCAGAAAUAUUUCACUUUAGCUCAGCAAAGUCUCCUUAGAAUUCAAACAUAGGCUAUGCUUGAGUUCUAAGCUUACCCAGGCGUGCCUAUUCAAGAUAUGACGCAGCACAAAAAUUACAUUAUUUUCACGUGAAAAUUCAACAGCUUGCGACGAUACAAUAUUGCAUGAUAGGAAACGCCAAAAUUUAAUUGGGGGCGGCUCAAAUAUGAUCGAGACAAAUGAUGACACAUUUAUUUAUUAUCGAAAAUAUUUACAAAAAUUGACAGUUUUUCUAGGUAAUUUCCCUCAUUAGUAACACAUUUUUGCCCCUUCUCCGGAAGCCAUAUGCGCACAAACUCCUCGGCCUCGUCGUCGGUGUUUUGACUUCCUAGGGCUUUUUUCAGUGGUCCAAAUAUGUGGUAGUCGUAGGGUGAUAAGUCCAAACAGUAGGAGGAUGUUUUAGUAUAUUCCACCCCAGUUCUGAUAUGGUAUCGAGCGUGAGACGCGCGGUAUGAAGGCGCACGUUAUCGUGGAGAAGAAUCGCACUUUGCAUUGGAAUGCUCUUCCGUUUCAAGGGAUAAGUGGAUUUCACGUAUAUUUUUAGAGACAGUUAGGGUAGUAUACAACAUUUACGGAACGUUAUGUGCAAGGAAAUCCACGUACAGCACUCCCCGACGAUCCCCGAAUACAGUACACAUUAUUUAACCUGCGAACCUUGUUAUGUUCGCUUUGAUUGGUGCCCCUAUCUCCUUUUUCCACUUUUUAGACAUCACCUUGCUUUCGGGAGUGUAUUAGUGUACCCAUGUAUCGCCUGUAGGGAAGAUUCGCGUCGAAAAACCGUCCCCCUCCGCCUCGUAUUGCAUCAGCAAGCAGCGACAAACUUCCAAUUUUUACUCCAAAUUCAACAGUUUGGCAACAUAUUACGUCGUUAUUUGCGUGUUGAAGGUGUUCAUGGAUGAUAUGAUUCUUCACUACCAAUACUAAUGCCGAGUUCCGUCGAAAUUUUUCAAAACUACCGAAUUAAUUUCGUAAACACCGAACAAUUUCCCCGUUUUGAAUGCCUUUCCACACCUAAAAACGAACGACAAUACGUUGCGCAAACAGGGGUUUGCACUUGACGUUCAAUUAUGAUCGUAUCAUGCGUGAAACGUGUAUUAGCGACAAAAAACUAUGCCACACUGUUAGUAAGGAACUCAGUUAAUACAUAAUCAAGCUGCGACCUUCAAAACAUACAGGCGAGCAGGAUACGGCUUUUGUCUCGAUCAUAUUUGAACCGCCCUCGUAAUUACAAAGUUCCGAAAUAAAAAAAUAUUUAUCGCGCAUUCCGCGACGAAAAAAAUUAGUCUAGGUCAAUGUUUGGGUUCCAAAUACAUCAAGUUCAUUGGUAGAUAUACAAGAUUGAGAUAGAUUCAAUUUAUUAUAAAAUUUAAAGCUUCAAUGAAGUAUAAAUAUAAUGCCGAUCAUCGAAUAGUAAAAAUGCUAUCACAGAUUGCCCAUAAUCGGCUUACAAACGUAGAUAAGGAACCCAUCAAUAAGAAUUGUACAGAGUUGAACUCAAUAUUACAAGCGAAGGUAAUUUCAGUAAAAUUAAAUUCAAAGACGAAUUUGUUGCUUCCGAGUUUUAUAAACUAGAUUAAAAAUUACAUACCACUUUUUGAUGAAAUUUACUCAUAGAGCUAAAAAAUCUUUGGCAGAAAAAGUUAUUAAGACCAUUUUUUGUCUAUUCUUGUUCUUGUUGUCAUAAUUUAGAUUCAAUGCAGUAAAAUUAAACUGGGGAAUAACUUUUACACUUCAUAACUGACAGUUUCCUGGAAAAUUAUAAUAUUGUGAUUAUCAAAUUCCUCCUUGAUAAGUUGCUCCUGUUUUUGGUGACACAUAUUUUUCGACACGAGAAAAAAACACGUUCGUUUCUAACCGCUACUGCACGAAUACUAAAAUAGUGACGGAUUACCUUCAAAAAAUGAUAAAAUAUGGAAUAAAAGGUGAAAUGAUAUGAUGAAGAUAUUUGUCAAAAAGUUUGUUUCUUGGAUAGCAUCUCUUCUGGACAUUCCUCGGCGACAGAAUCGGAUAAAAGCAAUUAAAAUCACUUUUUGAGUUUCUGUUAAUUGUUUGGCCUCUCAUACCACAUACUUUAUUAUUCACAAAACUUUCAUUUGAGAAUAAUUUUACCUUCAGACACCGCAAGCUUGCACACAACUAAUUAAUGAAUAUGAAGCGGAAAUUCUACUAAAAGUACCCAUCUGAUGAUUAUAGAAAAAAUAUUUCGAAUUAUGUUCUCAGUAUUAUUCGAUUUAGUAACCGAUUUUAUUUAGGAUUUCCAAGGGAUUAAUUCUUUUGAUGUAAUUUUGUUGUUUAUCUAUACUUUUAAAUGAUUCACUGAUUCGGAAAAUUAAAUAUUGUAAUGCGGACCUGGACAAAUUGUUUACAGUUCGCUUUGGGGCGUCUCAUAUUUCUUUUUGUAAAUAUUUUUGCUAUUUGAUAAUCGGCUUUAUGCAAAUAUUCUCUUCUUGAAUAAUCCUUAAGAACUAACAAUUAUUUUUUUUAUUUUAUAAAAUUCGAUAUCAUUAAUUACAGAAUUCUUUUUCAAAUGAAUUGCCCAUUUCUAUAAAACAAUGAAAAUUGAAUGUAAAUGUAAAAUAAAAAUCAACCAUCAUUAUUUUUCCCAAAAUUCUUCCUUUUCUGAAGAAAUAGUUUUAUUCCACAAUUUAGUAGUUCACUGUACAUAAAAGUACCUACAUGAUCGAAACUUAUAGUUUUAAUCUUUGAUAUUAUAUGUUAUUUAUUAUAAAAAUACGCUAAAAUAUUUUGUUUUUCUCUAGUGUUAUUUGUGUUGUUAAGAUAUUCGAAUUUUUUAAGUAGUGUUAUUACAAUAUUUCAUAAAUAAUAAAAAUCAUCUUUGUUAAAAUGAGUUCGUCGGUUAUCUUUUACAUUGAGAUAACCUAUACGUAGGUAUAGCGUCACAAUUUGAUUAAAUCGAAGAAAUUGUAAUAAAAUUGGUUAUAUUUUUUGUAAAAAGCAAUUAUAAAUUUUUAUGUUAAUUUUUUGUUUUAGUUUUCAUUGUACUUUCAUCUAAAUAUGGCAUUUUCUAAUUAUCCAAAAAAGAAAACAUUAUUCACUCAUGGUUAAUAACAUCAUCAACACUUUAUUUUCUACUCCUUUAUUCAAUAUAUAUGUUUACUCACAACAAGUAGCAUCGCCGAAAUAAAGUAUCAUCAAAAAUGAAAGACCAAAAUUGAUGAAUUGACAUAAGUAGAAAAAAGAAAGAAACUACAGAUCCAGAAUUUUCCUUUUAAGAAAGCCAAAAGCGUAUUAUGACGGGUAAACGUCUGUCUAAUAACAGACACUAAAAGGAAAUACAAAGAGACCAAAAUUUAACGAUUACAUUGGAUUGAGCAGAAGAUAAUGAACAAAUUAUUAACAUACUGACUCCCCCAUAUAAUCGAAGGCUAAUCAGAGUUGAAAGCGAUGGAUGCAAAAUACCAAGUAGUCAAAAACAUGUUAUGAGAGGAAAACAUCCGUCCAACCAGAAAACACGCAAUAAAGAGAAAUACGAAUAUUAAAGAGACCAAAAUUUAACGAAUGAAUUGGAUUAUUAAAAUCCUGAUGCUCUCUAUAAAAGGCUAAUCAGAGUUAAGAAGCGAUGGAUGCAAAAUAGUCAAUUUAAGAAAGACAAAAACAUGUUAUGAGAGAGUAACAUCCGUCUAACCAAAAAACGCACACUAAAAAUAAAUACAAGAAGAAAAAGACUUUUUUUCCAAAUGAAUCCAAAGGAAACAAACAAAGGAAAUUAUAUCUCAUUAUGGAGGAUCAAAAAGAGUUUAAAGGAGCAACAGAUCCAUAAUACUCCUUUUAAAAAAGCGACAUACACUAAAAAUAAUUGGAAUAAAAAUCUGGAAGCCGAAGAAGAAAACAAUAAACAUAGUGAUGAUGCUAAAUUGACUGUCGAGGAGAAACAGUUUUAAAAGACUCCUUUUAAGAAAGCGAUAACUCUAUGUAUGACCAAGUUAGAUACAUUAGAAAGAAUAUAAAUCUAGAAGUAGAAGAAGAAAAUGAUAAACAUAGUGUUCAGGUGAAAAUAACUUUUCACCAGAUCAAAGAACAUGUAAGUAGCAAUAAACAUUUGUCGAGUUGUAAGUAACAUGCACAAACAGGAAAUACAAGAAGGAAAAACCGAACACACUUAAAUUUACUCAAUGAAUUGACACAACAAAAGGAGAAGAAAAAGAAAAUGACAGAACAUACUUACCAUUAAUUACGAAGAGAUUGUGGAGUGUAGAGGUAAUGAGAACCGUUUUAAAUACGAGGAAAGCUGAAAAAAUAUCAGCAAAUUGUUGUUCGAAGACUCACCAAAAUAGCGCUAGUGUAGCAAAUGGAAAAGAUAUGAAUCUACCAGUUAAAAACAUAGUGAAGUGUGGUAGGUUGUAAAAUUUAAUAUUUUCCUUAUUCACGUAGUCAAAAAUAAUUUGUUAGAUAAUUAUAACCUUUGAAGUUCUUCAAAAAACGUGGAUAGUGAUUUGAUAUCAACACGCCUUUUGGUUAUUAUAUUGUAACGUUUUUCGUAUUUAUUUACACUCAUUUUAUUCGUGGGGUGAAUUAAUAAAGAGUGGCUCUUACGGUCUUAAUUUAUUUACAAACUUAUAAAUAUCACUUAUAUAAUUUCUGCCAUUACUUUUACCAAUUCGUUCUUUUCACUACGACUAUUUAUUUAAAACUUAACUAACUGCGUUUACUCAAAUUAUUUAUAUACCUAAAUAAAAUUCUACGAAGUUCUAGAAAAAAAGAAACAAAAGAAAUAAAUAAAUAGACUUAGACAAAAUUAUUUGUUACUAAAAAAAUUAUCUACAAAUAAACAUUAAACGAAUUCCGCCAUUUAUAAAAAAUGUGAAAGACGCCGCGCGAAUUCGCCGAAUUUUUAAACUUCCAUAGUAGCUGGACUGUGUCGGCUUAGGGAACUAUUUUGCGAACUUGUUAUAUUGAAAAUUUAUUGAAUUUAUUAUUGUUAAUAUAAAGAUAAAAAAAAGUAUCAACAAUGGGAAAGUUGUGCACAGUGAAAAGUUGUCCAGUUGGUCGAAAAUUAGUAAAGAGUUCGAUAUAUCUCAACUUAUAUCUUUUUUUCUACCAACAGUAUGCAUAACCACAAUACUUAUGAAUUUAAAAUAAGAAUUUCAUUUUAAAACCUUUCCACUUGCUACUAAAGCGCCACCUUCAUUUGCUCCUUUUCAACAGACACUUUUGAUACACUGAAAAGAUUCUCCUUAACCUCCACACUCCAUAGAAGAGUUUGAUAAGAAAUACAUCCAAAAUAACCAUCUGGUUGGAAAAGCAACUAUGAAGUACCUUGUAUGGUAGCUGGGAGCAUGUAAUUUAAGAUAAUUUCAAUAUAGAACUAAACAAGUGUAGAAAAUUAUUUCCAAAAUAACCAAAAAAUUAGGAGAAUGUGUUCAGAAAUAAGUAUAAUAAGGGUAUUGUAAAAUAAAAACAAUUCUUGUUUUUACUAUUAUAUUAUAUUUUCAAU